UUUUUCCAUUUGAUAGGUAGUUCUCUCAAGAAUGCAAUUCACUACUCGAGUAUAAGCCUCAGGCAUCAACGCGGGGCAAGGAUGAGGGGCAAGCCGCGCGGCAAAAGCCCGGCAGAAAUUUUGAUUUAGCAGCAACAUUUCGGGCUCACAAGCCUCUCCCAACUGCGCAGCGCAAAAACAAAAAAAAAGUAAACAAUGGCUGACGCGUUUCUGAAUUACUACCGCGGCAGCCUGCCCGCCGAGCUCGCGGCCGAGCUCAGCGAGCCGUUGAACGAUCUGGAGCAGGGCAACUUCGAGGCCGUCUUCAAGCACGAGCUUGUGCAGGUGCUGCUGGGCCACCAGGACGACCAUCUUACCAGCGACAUCGCCCAAGACAACUACCCUCUGUGGAGUGACUACAUCUUCCGCCGCAUCGGCGCCCUGCUGCAAGACGCAGACAACGCCGCCUUCCGCCACCAUCUUUUUUUCCUCGUCGGUCUCGCUUCUCUCUAUGCUUUCCUGCAGUCCAACGUCACUGGCCCGCCGCUGCCCUUUGUCUCGGCCAAGGCCCUGCUGCCCGAGCAAGUCGUUUCCGACGCGGCCAAGCUCGCCGCAGCAAGGCAGAAGCUGGUCCUCUCGCUCGGCGUCGACGGCGAGGCCGCGUACCAGCUCACGCCCAACGUGGAGCUGUUCUGCCUCGCCGACGCCGUCAUGACCAGCCCGGCCGUCGCCGGCAUCAAGGCCGCCACCUGGGCCAAGCUGCGCGUCGACUUCCUGCACCAGCGCCUGCUCUCGGAGAUUGCCCCGUCCCUGCAGGCUGCCAUCUUUGGCGAGGUCGAGGCCGUCGCCCUCGACGUGCUGGCCGAUGACACGCCCGCUGAGUUCCGCAUCCCCUUCUUGCUCGAGCGCGCUACCAUCUAUACGCACCAUGCCUUUGACAAGAAGGCUAGAGAGGACCUGGACCAGGCUGCCAAGGAACGCGGCUUUGCGUUUGCGCUGACGGGCCUUAUGGGGAAGCGCACCAAGUGGCAGCAGAAGGAGACCAGUCAGCUGCUGGUCCUGGCUCGCAGUGCUGGCACUGAGGCCGAGGGCAAGGAGAAGCAGCCCGCUACCGAGUCUACAGAGGAAGCGGCUGUUCAGCCGAAGAACCUGGAUUUGAACGACGACACCCUGCUCGAGUCUAUUUCCUUCUCGGAAAAGCCCAAGUCGACGACGGACGUCGUCAAUGAGAACGCGCUACCUGAAAGCCUUGCCUCGCUCGACCCGUCAGACCAGCCAAUGCUCAACCCGCUCGACUCCAUCAUCCUCCUUUCUCUGGCGUCGUCCAUCACCAACACUUCGCCUGCGCACGGCCUGACGAGAGAAGAGACGCUCCCGUACGCCACCCGCGUGCUCGAGGGCGGCAGCUCCAACUGGCAGGUCUACACGCAGGCUCUGCUGGUGCGGAGUCGCAUCGAGGGCUACCGCUCGCGCACCAUGGAGCGCGGCCUGCUGCAGCUGCAGGCUCUCGUCGACCAGAUCAUUGCAGACACGAGCGCCGAGGGCUCAGUGCCCACGGGGCCGGGCGGAGAGGGCUCCACCACGACGUUCCUGCCAAAGGCCAAGGAGGGCGAGGCCGCGCCCGUCAACGAGCGCCUGCGCUACGUCUUCCAGCUGGCGACGCCCUCGCGCUGGGAGCUCGAGUCGGAACUCGCGGCGCGGUGGGUCAGCAUCGGCGGGCUCCGGUCCGCGCUCGAGAUCUACGAGCGCCUGCAGAUGUGGGCCGAGGCGGCGCUGUGCUGGGCGGCGACGGAGCGCGAGGACAAGGCGCGCAAGGUGGUGCGGCGGCAGCUGUUCCACGCUACCAACGGCAACGACGACGCGCCCGUCGACGAGGAGACGUGGGCCGGCGCCGCGCGCGACCCCGUCCCCGCUGACGCCCCGCGCCUUUACUGCAUCCUGGGCGACGUGGACAAGGACCCGGCCAUGUGGGAGACGGCGUGGGAGGUUUCCGGGAGCCGGUACGCGCGCGCGCAGCGCUCGCUGGCGCGGUACUGGCACUCGCGCAACGAGCUGACCAAGGCCGCCAGCGCGUACACCAAGGCGCUCAAGGUCAACCAGCUCAACCAGGCCACGUGGUUCGCGCUGGGGUGCGCGCUGAUCGAGCUGGCGCAGUUCGAGCGCGCCGUCGAGGCCUUUUCGCGCGCCGUCCAGCUCGACGACACGGACGCCGAGGCCUGGAGCAACCUGGCGGCGGCGCUGCUGCGCCUGGAACCCGACGUCGCCGCGACGACGACAACGCCCUCGGCCGCCGCCACGCUGCCGGACGAGGAAGAAGACGACGCGCUGAAGGCGCUCAAGCGCGCCGCGAACCUCAAGUUCGACAGCGCGCGCAUCUGGGACAACUUCCUGACGGUGGCGGCGUCGCUGGCGCCACCCGCCUACUCGGACGUCUGCGUCGCGCUGCGCCGCGUCAUCGAGCUGCGGCGCGACGCCGAGGGCGAGACGGCCAUCGACGCGCUGGUCCUGGACCUGCUGGUGCGGCACGUGGUCGCGACGAGCGAGGCGUACGACGCCGCGCAGCCGGGCCUGCCGCGCAUGGUGGUGCGGCUGGUGGACGAGGCCGUGGUCCCGCUCAUCACGGCGAGUCGGCGCCUGUGGCAGACGGUGGCGCGGCUGGCGCUGUGGCGGCGGAAGCCGGCGGCGGCGCUCGAGGCGCACGAGAAGGCGUGGCGGGCGGCGCUGGGGCGGCCGGGGUGGGAGGGCGCCAGCGCGACGGACGCGGCGCGCUGGGCGGAGGUGGUGGAGGCGACGGGGGAGCUGGCGGACGCGUAUGAGAGUUUGGGUCCGAUGGAACGGACGGAGGGCUUGAGUGCUGGGGCGCUGGUGGCCAAGGAUUGGCGCUUUAAGGCUAGGAGCGCGGUCAAGGGCGUUAUGGGUAGGGGAAGGGAGUGUUGGGAGGGGACGGAGGGGUGGGAGGAGCUGAGGGGGAGGUUGGAGGAGUUGAAGGCUGCGAGGGGGGAGUAG